AUGAGGACACAGUCCUCCAUUGCCGUAAUCAACCAUCCUCAAUUUCCCGGAUUUCUAUCUAAGAAGAAAAAGCCUCAAAGUCUAGUCAACCUUUGCAUUGGAGUUCUUGGAAGACCUUUGGAGGAUAUUAUUGAAGAUUUGGAAGAGAUUGCUAUCGGCUUGCCGGGUGAUAUUAAGUUAGCAGUGGCAGCGAUUGCUAGACGAAGAAAGUUGUUGAGUGAUGAUGUCUUGAUUGCGUUAGCUGAUGCUUCCUGGGAAAUCCUUGAUCUGAAAGAUGUAGAAAAGGCCACUUCUAAUUUUACAACGAUCAUUGGCCUUGGAGCAUUUGGUUCUGUUUACAAAGCACAAAUACCUACAGGUGAGACGGUUGCAGUUAAAGUUCUUGGUGCUAAUUCAAGACAAGGAGAACAAGAAUUUUUAACUGAGGUUCUAUUACUUGGAAGAUUACAUCACAAAAACCUUGUGGCUUUGGUGGGAUAUGCUGCGGAAAGAGGACGACAUAUGCUCCUUUACAUUUACAUGAGCAAUGACAGUUUUGCUUCUCAUUUAUAUGGAAAAGAUUAUGAGCCAUUAAGCUGGGAUUUGAGACUUAGCAUAGCACUAGAUGUUGCAAGGGUGCUGGAAUAUCUACAUUAUGGGGUUGAUCCACCUAUUGUGCACCGUGACAUCAAGUCUUCCAACAUUCUAUUGGAUGAGUUUAUGAAAGCCAAGGUCACUGACUUUGGGCUUUCCAGACCAGAGAUGAUUAAGCCGCGUGCGUCCAAUAUCAGAGGAACUUUUGGAUAUCUUGAUCCUGAGUAUAUAUCUACAAGUACCUUCACUAAGAAAAGCGAUGUAUAUAGUUUUGGUGUGCUACUUUUCGAGCUUAUUACUGGAAGAAAUCCACAGCAGGGGCUAAUGGAAUACGUAAAACUAGCUGCCAUGGAAAGUGAGGGCAAGAUUGGAUGGGAAGAAAUUGUGGAUCCGCAAUUGAAUGAAAACUAUGAUGUAAACAAGCUUAAUGAUAUGGCCUCACUUGCAUUCAAAUGUGUCAGUGGAGUUUCCAAAACUAGACCUUCAAUGAGGACUGUUGUUCAAGCAUUAUCUAAGCUUUAUAAGAAGCCUAAAAGAAAUCAUAGCCAGACAUCUUCUACUGCACAGCCGAUAAUCAUAGGAGUUUGUCGGUGUUCUUGA